CUUUUUGCAAAUUUCUUUAGAAAAAAGAACUCUCUCGCAGUGCCGUCACAGGUCAAGGAAUGAAACGGUGGUGACGAGGAAGGGGAUAUUAGAAUUAGAACAAGUGUGAACCCUCAAAAAGAAAACAAAAAAAAACCCCAAAAUUCAAAGGGUACCCCCACAUCUUCUCUCCUCACCAAACGGCGUUUUUACAGAUCCGAACACACUUCCCAUAUUAAAGAACCCCAAAAAAGUGAGUAUCAAAAGGAAAAACGAGGUGGGAUUUCAAUUGAAGAGGCAGUGAUUGGAUUCUAGCUGGUGCUUGUGGAUUCCCAUACCCUCUAUUCAAUCGCUUUCUUCGUGUUUAAAUGGAUAAAUAUGAAGUUGUUAAGGAUUUGGGUGCUGGGAAUUUUGGGGUCGCUAGGCUUUUGAGGCACAAGGAGACCAAAGAGCUUGUCGCCAUGAAGUACAUAGAACGUGGUCAUAAGAUAGAUGAGAAUGUGGCUAGAGAGAUUAUAAACCAUCGAUCGCUUCGGCAUCCCAAUAUCAUUCGUUUCAAGGAGGUUGUUUUGACGCCAACGCAUUUGGCUAUAGUGAUGGAAUAUGCUGCUGGAGGAGAGCUUUUUGAAAGGAUUUGCAAUGCUGGACGUUUUAGUGAAGAUGAGGCAAGAUAUUUCUUCCAGCAGCUGAUUUCUGGAGUCAAUUAUUGCCAUUCAAUGCAAAUAUGUCAUAGAGAUUUAAAGCUAGAGAAUACCCUUUUAGAUGGCAGCCCUGCCCCACGCUUGAAGAUCUGUGAUUUCGGCUACUCCAAGUCAUCGCUGUUACAUUCAAGACCGAAAUCAACUGUUGGUACUCCGGCGUACAUAGCACCAGAGGUUCUUUCUCGACGAGAGUAUGAUGGAAAGUUGGCAGAUGUAUGGUCAUGUGGAGUGACUCUCUAUGUUAUGUUGGUUGGUGCAUACCCUUUUGAAGAUCAGGAUGAUCCUAGAAACUUCAGGAAAACCAUUCAGCGAAUAAUGGCUGUACAGUACAAAAUACCCGACUACGUUCACAUAUCUCAAGAUUGUCGACACCUACUGUCUCGCAUCUUUGUCCCGAAUCCAUCAAGGAGAAUUUCACUAAAAGAGAUAAAGAGUCACCCAUGGUUCUUAAAGAACUUGCCAAGGGAACUGACAGAAUCAGCCCAAGCCAUCUAUUACCAAAGGGGUAGCCACCCGAGCUUCUCGCUUCAAACGGAGGAAGAAAUCAUGAAGAUCGUGGGGGAGGCGAGGAACCCGCCCCCAUCGUCAACGACCGUGAAGGGGUUUGGAUGGGGAACGGAAGAGGAAGACGAAGAAGGGAAGGGAGAGGUGGAAGAGGAAGAGGAGGAGGAGGAAGACGAGGAAGAAGACGAGUAUGAUAAGAGGGUGAAAGAAGUGCAUGCGAGUGGAGAAUUCUUGAUCACUUAGAAACAGAGCAUAACAUAGAGUAUGUGGUGUUAUUAUAUUGUUAAGGUUGGUCGUUGUUAUGUGUACAGUAGUGUUGAAUAAUUAUGGCUCUCCUCCACCCACCUCCGCAUAGCAGACUUAAAGAGUAAGUUCUUAAUGUGUUCAUAUAUUGUUGGUUAAAGGUCUGCAAACUCUAAAAGCUAUAAUUUCUCUCUCUAUUGUCACUUCUUAUUCUGCUACUCAAUAAUUCAAUGUAGUUGGACUUGUUUUUGUGUUUC